CAGGCGGGGGAAGAGGAGGAGGAGGAAGAAGGCGGCGGCGAGACGGCGGCGGAGGCACCGCCAAAGAAGCCCCGUCCGGAGCCUGAAGCCGCGGCUGCCCCAUCGCCAUGAGAUCCACCGUGUACAAAGCCACCGCCGCGGCCCCACCGACACCAACAGCUGCGACGACGACGGGGCCGGGCUUGCUGGAGCCUGGCCCGGAGGAAGAGGAGGAGCCUCCGCCUCCUGUGGCUGUGGCUGCAGCGGCGGCGGCGUCAGGCCCCAAAGGCCGGGCUCCUGCCUCCUUGCAGCAGGAAGGGGGAGAAGGCCUCGGCGGGAGCGGUUGCUGCUGGAGCGGCUUGGUGGUGCCCUCGCCGGGCACUGGGCAGCAGGCGGGCGUGGGCGAUGCCCGGCCCUCCAAGUACCAGGCGGUGCUGCCCGGACAAGCGGCGGCGGUUGUUGCUGCUGCUGCUUCCACCGCCGCCAAGGAGGGCAAGCGAGGAGGAGGAAGCGGAGGAGGGAGCAGCCCCCACGCCGGGCCCGGAGGCUCCCCGGCCUCGCUUUCCCCCGCUCCCUUGCCCACCGAGCCCGGACAGCCUCCCCCCGCGGCUGCAGAGGAGCCCAGCGGCAAGUGGAAAAGCAGCAGCGUUGUUGGGAGCACCAGCGGUGGUGGUGGGAGCAGCCUUCGGAAGAGCCCCAUGGGGGCCGGCGGGGGCGCCUCCAGCCAGGCGGCCUGCCUCAAGCAGAUCCUGCUGCUCCAGCUGGACCUUAUCGAGCAGCAGCAGCAGCAGUUGCAGGCCAAGGAGAAGGAGAUCGAGGAGCUCAAGGCCGAGAGGGACACGCUCCUUGCUCGAAUUGAGCGCAUGGAAAGGAGGAUGCAGCUGGUGAAGAAGGACAAUGAACGUGAGAAACACAAGAUAUUUCCAGAGUAUGAAACAGAGGAGACAAUUGAACCUGAAGUACCAGAGAAGUCACCUAUAGAAUGUCCACUGCCAGAGCUCUUGGAGACAUCCCAUCCACUGCCUUUGAAACACUUCCCAUAUGGACGGAAUGGAAAGGGCCACAAAAGGAAGUCUCCAUUUGGAAGUGCUGAGAGGAAAAAUCCAAUGAAGAAGCUGGUGGCUGAAUUUGCAAAAGUCAAAUGUAAAUCUCCAAAGGCUUCUGCACUGAAAGAUGAACCCAGCAGUUCUUUGACUGAAUCAAUUAACAGACGUGAACUAAGAAGUCAGGAAACUCCUGAAAAAACUAGAUCACUUGGAGACACUCCGCUGAAAUCCUCAGCAUCUUUGAAAGGACAUGGGUGCCAUUCAAAGGAAAGGGACUCCUGCAGUGAAACAGAAGACUUACCCUACCUUUCCACCACUGACAUGUACUUGUGCCGGUGGCACCAGCUGCCUCCUUCACCAUUACAAGAAACUUCUUCCAAGGAGGAUAUUGUAGCAAUUCCAUCAUGGAGGGACCACACAAUAGAACCUCUGAGAGACCUGAAUCCUUCAGAGCUUGUGGAGACCUUAGAUGACAGUGUCUUCUCCAAACGGCAUGCAAAAUUGGAACUGGAUGAGAAGAGGAGGAAAAGGUGGGAUAUUCAGCGGAUUCGGGAGCAAAGAAUUUUGCAGCGACUACAGCUCAGAAUGUACAAAAAGAAAGGAAUUCAGGAAUCUGAGCCUGAAGUUACCUCAUUUUUCCCAGAGUCAGAUGAUGUUGAAAGCCUGAUGAUCACCCCUUACUUGCCUGUUGUAGCAUUUGGCCGACCAUUACCAAAAUUAAGCCCACAGAACUUUGAACUGCCAUGGUUGGAUGAACGAAGUCGCUGCCGGUUGGAGACACAAAAGAAACAGACACCUCACCGGACAUGCAGGAAAUAGGUGUGUCCAACUAGGAGAAACCUCUGCCUUGACAGGUUGCCCUUUGCUAGUCACAGCAAGUGGCAGAGAACUGUAUAUGUCAUUUUAUGUCAAUCUUCCCUCUUGAUGUACAUUCUUGUUCACUAUAAAUAUUUUUUUAUGCUUGCAUAUGGUUUCUUUGAGACCUCAAAACUCUUCUUCUGUUGUCCAUUUUUUUUCUUUUACUUGGGAGAAACUACUGUUUUUUUCUUCUUGUUGGGAAAAAGUUGCAAAAUUUCAGUUGGCAACCUCAGAUGAACUGUACUGAACAGUUGCAGUGAGCAAGUCUGUUGAGACUAUGAGCGGUGGACAAGCAUAAAAAUAUGACAGUAUUGUUCCCAUUUGUAAAUUAUCGCAAACAUAUGAAGGCUUCCUCUGUUUUCAAAAACUCAUAUUGUUAUUGACAUUAUCGCGCUUGCUCCUUAAGGGCAUUGGAAAUGAAGUGGGGGUGGUAUUACCCAUCUGAGUACAUUGGGCAAAGGGACAUUUCUAUUGGAUCUGCUCCCAGCUGCUCUUCCAAAAAACAUCCACAUCAUUGAUCCAUGCAUUUCCUCCUGCCUCAUUUGAUCCUUCACAUACUGCUGUGAUGUGGCUUUUACUUUCAUUUCUGGUUUUCUCAAACUUGGUUUAUACCUUCUGCUUCAAUUUCAAGGACAGUAGGUGAUCAAGUCUUGACUUUGUAACAUCCGUAGUGAAGGUCUGUAGGUCUGACAACUGUGCCACACUGUUAAUUCUGUCAGGACACUUGACAUAAUCCUAAAUUAACAAUGCGGUGUCGGCCUGUCUCCAGAUUUUCACUUGUUUGUUUUACCAGAACAUGCUUAUGGUCUUAUUUUCCUCUGUCAAAAUACAGUGGGGUCUAAAUGGUUGGGUUUUAAUGGCACAAAAAGUUGCACAGUUCUGGAUCCUUAAUGGAAAUUCUAAGCAUUAGCACUACUAAAUUUACUGGCAUUUGAGAUCUGGUCAGUUUAGGCAGAUACCGACCCCUUGGCAUUACCAAUAGACAAAUGACAUUUCAAAAACUGGACUUCCCUAUUACAGCCAAAGGCUGUAACAGGCUCUUGCCUGGAAGCACUUAGCAAACAGCCAUGUGGUUCUUUUCCCAGCCUAGGCAAAGUAAUUUGUUUCUAGAAAGAAUGGGGAGCAGUGAGAGAGUGGAAAGGUAAAAAGAUAGUAUCCUUUCACCCAGAAGCUAAAUGAUUCCUCCAAUCAAAUCUUCCUGAGAAGGAGUCUCUCCCUGUGUGAAGUCGAUUGCAACAGUAUAUAUACCUUUUAGAAAGGUUCAAAUCUUCUUGCAAGAGGUGAAAUUGUCCCUACAUUCGGCACAGUCUGCAAGUCCUGUGGGUGGGAACCAACUUUCUGUUGUCUCACUUUUUCUUAAAAUUAUAUUAAACAACACCAACAGUUGAAACUUUCUUUCUUAAACAUAGUUGGCACUUCUUAAGUAGAUCCCAGACUUGAAAUCUUUACAGUAGCUGGUGAUUAAAACAAACAAUGCUUCUGAGAACAAGGAAUUCCUGAGAAGAGAGUAUAUGCUUAUUUGCCUGCUUCAUACAAUAGCAGGUGGCCGCUAUUGUCUAUGUGUGCACACACAAGUGUAUUUUUAUGAACACUGAAGCUAAAAUCUUGCAGUGCAUGACACUGUUGUAUAAAUAGAAGAAUGUUUCUUGUGUCACUUUUCUGGUUUGUUACAAGAUCCAGUGCAGGAUGAUAUUCAUUCUCUUUAAAUGCCAAUAACAUCACAUAGGGAGGAUGCUCAUCCACCAGAUUGGUUCUUUCCCAACUUUCCAACCUCCAAAUACUUCCAGUAGCUGCAGUUAUUUCUGGGUUAUAAGUCCUGAAAAAUCAAAAGGAUGCUCCUUUUCUUCAAAAGGUAGCACACUCAAUGUCCAUGUAGUUAAGUCACGAAUUCAACAGACACUUUGAAAUGAGAAGAAAACACAUCUUCUCUUUUGCCAAGUAGCCUGUGUAUUUGAGAUAGUGCACAAUGCUUGCCUAGCUUUAUUUUAACUAAGGCUGUGUUUGGAUCUUUUGCUUUUUUAGCAUGCCAGCAUGCAUCCUUACAUGUUUUUUAAAAAUUAUUUUUGCCCUACUGUUAAAAGCAUGGUCAUAUAUAACCAGCAAGCUUUGAUGAGAGUCUUACUGGUGGAGGCAUUGUUGAUUUUAGAGUGUUAUCCUGCUAGCAUUUGAGCCUACUUCCAACUCUAAAGUAAGCACAAAGAGUUUGCAAGAUAUUUCUUGAGUUGAUGUGGUUAGAAAGGAGGAGGAAGAUGUUUCUGCUUGGCCCCAAAUUUGGCUUUUAUCAGAGAUGCCAUAUAUGUUGUCCUGAAAUAUAGCAGCAAAAUCUUCUCAUCCCUACUGCCACUUGCCCCAUUGAGACCAUGCUGACUUAAAAUAAGUUUGUUUAAUAUUAACACAUGGAACUUGUAUCUAAGAAGGGGAUGGAUACGUGUGUGGAAAUAGAUAGCGGUUAUAUAAAGGUUUUGCAUUGGAUAUUAGCUAGGAGCAAGAUGGAAGGAAUGGUCUUUCUCCCCAUAAGGGAAUACAGCACUGUGAAAUUUAUAUUAACUAAAAGCCCUUGGAAAUCAGAUCUGAUCUUCGGUUUAAAACAAAAACAUUGCUUUAUUUAACCAAGUUAACAGUAGUUCUAAAAUUGUAAUUUUGUCCCAUGCUUUGUUUUUCUGCCCUUUGACAUGUGGUUGUCUGCAGAUGCAUCCUUUUUUAUACCAUUUUAAAUAUGUAAAAUCUGUUGUCUUGUAAAUAUCUUAUAAAGGACAAAGAAGUUUGUAAAUAAGCAAAUUUGUGGCUGUUAAUGUUUUUUAUUUUUUUUGCUUUGGUUCAUUUAGGUUUAACAGUGUUAACAGGGAGUAUUAAAACAGAUGUUCUGCUUGUAUGUUUAAACAAAAUUGAAACAAAUCAAUUUUUUUUACAAUAAAAAAGAAUAUUAAUGUU